UCAUACAAUACUACUGAGACGACUAGGCACAGCUUAGCACACAGAUACAGCACAAUGUCUAUUUCAGCCCCGCUGUAAGUGAUGCCGCGCUAAGGAACACUUUCAUCCAACACCGUUGGGGGACAGAACACUACCCAGGCUACAGCCCAUUUACGUGUUAUUUUUUGUAGCUGAAUAACAACCUUUAAAAAAAAGAUAACAGUGCCGACAGAACUGAAGUUUUCAGUUAUAGUACCAAACUGUUAAAUUUUUGUGCGCUCUUGGAUGGAAGUUUAUGCACUUGUUAAAACGCUGUAACACAUGCUCAAUGAAAGGGCUUCCAUACAAGCUGUUUUCACCAUUUGUUGCAAGAGUGAACAUUUUAAAACACACGUAGGCAAGGGCUAUUUCUGGUAAAUCAAGCGACUUGGACCAUCAGCAUCUCUCCUGCCGCCCGUGAUUGAACCACAGUUUAACCCAAGAUAUCCGAAGAGGAAUUACAUCGGCUCUUUGAGUUACAAAGUUAUUCUGCAAUCAAUGCUUUUUUUGCUUUCCGCAUGUGGACCAUAGACUUUUUAGGACAUGGAUCAUUUUGAUGUAGUGGACAACACUGUUGAUUUGUGUUUUAUUUGAUUCCCGCUACGGAAGAGGAUCUUCUCCCUUUUCUCUCCUCCACUUCUUCUAAAGAACUGAUGUCGCUACUUGACGGGAAUUGCGAUUGAUUUUCCAUAUUCUGAUUCAAGGGAUAGAAGUGACAGAGUUGCAGCCUUAAGAAAAAAGCUCCCAUCGUCUCUGAUUAUGGACUUAGCAGGUCAGGCUCAUGUGGUGGUGGUGUUGCUCACCUGCCUGGUCUUGCUGUCCUGGGCCCAAGAGAAGGACUACACGGUGAGGGAGGAGCAGCCCGAGAAUGUCCGCAUCGGGAACCUGCGGAAGGACUUGGACCUGAACCUUGACCCUGACUUCAAGCUGUCCUCGCCACUGCAGUUCAAGCCCGUCUACAAAACGGGCGAUGUGCCUUUGGUGAGGGUAGAAGCCAACACUGGGGAGAUAUUCACCACGGCUCACCGCAUCGACCGCGAGAAGCUCUGCUCGGGAGUAUUCAACGAGAAGCGCUGCUUCUACGAGAUCGAGGUAGCCGUUCUGCCUGACGAGAUCUUCCGUCUGGUCAAGAUCCGGUUCCUGAUUGAGGACGUCAAUGACAACGCUCCACUCUUCCAGUCCACCGUUAUAAACAUCUCCAUCCCAGAGAACACAGCCAUCAACACCCGGUACCCCGUGCCCUCUGCGUUUGACCCAGAUGUGGGGAUCAAUGGGAUUCAACACUAUGAACUUGUCAAGAGUGUGAGUGAGUUUGGCCUGGACAUCAUCGAGACCCCAGAGGGAGACAGAUGGCCUCAGCUGAUCGUCCAGCAGAGCCUGGACCGCGAGCAGAAGGACACCUUCGUCAUGAAGAUCAAGGUGGAGGACGGAGGAACGCCCCCAAAGUCCAGCACGGCCAUCCUCCAGGUCACCAUCUCCGACGUCAACGACAAUCGACCGGUCUUCAAGGACAGCGAGGUGGAGGUGAACAUCCCAGAGAACGCCCCCGUGGGAACCUCCGUCACCCAGCUCCACGCCACGGACGCAGACCUCGGCUCCAACGCACAGAUCCACUUCUCCUUCUCCAACCAGAUCUCCUCGUCCACCAAGAGACAUUUUGCCAUCGACAGCACCAACGGACUGAUCACCGUCAAGCAGCCCUUAGACCGGGAAGCCACUCCGGUCCACAAACUCAUCGUCCUGGCCAGCGACGGCAGCUCCACCCCCUCCAGAGCUACGGUUAUCGUCAACGUUACGGACAUUAAUGACAACGUUCCGUCCAUAGACACUCGGUACAUCAUGAACCUUGUUAAUGGAACGGUUCUGCUGUCAGAGAACGCUCCUCUCAACACAAAAAUAGCCCUAAUUACAGUGACGGACAAGGACUCGGAUCUGAACGGCAAAGUGACUUGUUACACUGACCACGACGUUCCUUUCAGGUUAAAACCAGUGUUUGAUGACCAGUUCCUGCUGGAGACUGCAGCCCCCUUAGAUUACGAAACAACCAGGGAAUAUGCAAUUAAGAUAGUGGCGUCGGAUUCAGGGAAGCCUCCUUUGAACACUUCAGCGAUGGUUUUAAUUAAAAUUAAGGACGAGAAUGACAACGCUCCCAUCUUCCCUCAGCCUGAGAUUCAGCUGUCCAUACCAGAGAACAAUGAUCCGUCCACGCAGCUCAUAAAGAUCAGUGCCAGGGAUGCAGACAGCGGACAUAAUGCUGAGAUUAUUUAUUCUCUUGGCCCCGACGCUCCCGAUGGGUUUAACAUAGAUCGGCGGUCAGGAAUCCUCUCCGUUGGCAAACGCCUGGACAGAGAGAAGCACGAGAAGUAUUCGUUCACUGUCAUGGCGAGGGACAAUGGGUCUACUUCGCUGCAGAGCAAUGUCACAGUGAGGUUGAUAGUGCAGGACCUCAACGACAACAGCCCAGCUUUCACCCAUCCUGAGUAUAACUUCUACGUGCCUGAGAAUCUGCCUCUAUAUGGUACAGUGGGUCUGAUCACCGUCACAGACUCUGACGCAGGUGACAACGCCGUCGUAACGCUGUCCAUCCUGAACGGGAAAGACAAUUUUGUUAUUGAUCCCCGGACCGGUGUGAUCAAACCCAACCUCACAUUCGACAGAGAGCAGCAGAGCUCUUACACCUUUAUGGUGAAGGCCGUAGACGGAGGGCAACCGCCCAGCACUUCAUACGCCAAGGUCACCAUAAACGUCGUGGACGUCAAUGACAAUCGACCCGUUUUUGUUAUCCCCUCGUCCAACUACUCUUACGAUCUGGUCCAGUCUACCACCAGCCCUGGGUCUGUGGUCACCAGAGUGUUCGCUAUAGACAAUGACACUGGCAUGAACGCUGAGCUGCAGUACAGCAUCAUUGGAGGAUCACCAAGAGGCCUGUUUGCCAUAGACAAAACAACUGGUAAUAUAACUCUGCAGGAGAAGAUAUUAGCAGCCGAUCAGGGUUUACACCGGCUGGUGGUGAAAGUCAAAGACCUGGGCCAGCCGGAGUCCUUACACGCCAUCGCCCUCAUUCAUCUGUUCAUUAACGAGACUGUUUCCAACGCUACGUUCAUUGAAGAGCAGCUACGUAAGAGCUUGGAGACUCCAUUGGACCGUAACGUGGGAGACAGUGAGGUCACACCCCAAGCCAACGGAUACGUGAUUGUUGUCAUCGCUAUUAUCGCUGGGACUAUGACAGUCAUCUUAGUCAUCUUCGUGACGGCCUUGGUGCGCUGCCGCCAGACGCCCAGGCACAAAGUGGUGCAGAAGGGCAAGCAGAGCGGCGAGUGGGUGUCGCCCAACCAGGAGAACCGUCAAAUCAAGAAGAAAAAGAAGAAAAAGAAGAGAUCCCCUAAGAGCCUCCUCUUGAACUUUGUCACCAUAGAAGAAUCCAAGCCUGAUGAUCCCAGCCAGGAGCACAUUAAUGGAACCCUGGACCUCCCCGUGGAGCUAGAUGAGCAGACCAUGGGGAAAUACAACUGGGCCACUACGCCGACCACCUUCAAACCUGACAGUCCAGACUUAGCCAAGCAUUACAAGUCUGCCUCCCCACAGCCGACCUUCCAAAUCAAACCAGAGACCCCGAUGGCGCCCAAUAAACAUCACGUGAUUCAGGAGCUCCCGCUAGACAACACGUUUGUGGUGGGCUGUGACUCGCACUCCAAGUGCUCCUCCACCAGUUCGGACCCGUACUCUGUCUCAGAGUGCAGCUGUCAGGGAGGAUUCAAGACUCCUGGGCAAAUCCACACCAGACAGAAUCAGGGCCAGACACCGGAGAAGUCCUUCGGCUCAGUCGCAUCUACUUGUCCCCAUAAGGAGGCCUGUCAUCUCAGCAAGAUAACCUCUGCAAGCACCCAGCGUCGUGUGACGUUCCACCUCCCGGACGGUUCUCAGGAGAGCUGUAGCGCCAGCGGCCUAGGGGACCAGGAGCCCAGCAGCACCGGCAGCACCACUCAGCCUCUCCCCCUCGGCUUCCCCCAGGAAGACUACUACCAACAGACCUCGCCCAACAGCCGCACCGAGGGAGACGGCAACUCUGACCCUGAGUCCACAGUGGUGGAGGUGAACCUGGCCAAGGCCCUGGCGGAAGCCUCGGAGACGUGCACCCAGGAAUGUCUGAUCCUGGGCCACUCCGACAGCUGCUGGAUGCCCCACGCCCUGGUGACCCAGUUCCAGUCUCCGUCCAACACGGGUACCCUGCCUACCCUGCCUACGCUGCCCUCCUUUGGCUUCCAGCACCAGCAGAGCUCCUCCUGGGCCAGGGGAGCCAAGACGGACGGGCGUCAGUGCCAUACCCUGGGCAGGUCUACGCCCAAAGACGAUCUGGCUAAAGGGAUGAACCGGCCGCAGUUCUACAACACUCUGGAAAGACACUGCAGCAGCAAGAGCAAGGAGUCUGACCCCGUCAAGGUCAUCCCUCUGGCCAGCUUUUCCUCGUCUUCGUCGGGCCAGCAGACCCCAGCCACCGGAGGAUCCUCUGCCAUCUUACAUGAGCAUCAGCUGUAAGGGGCCAGAGUAACACCAACCAGUUUGUCUAAUGUGUCUUCAUGUAUCUACAGUGACUUGCGAAAGUAUUCACCUCCCCUUGGCAUUUUUUUCUAUUUUGUUGCCUUACA